AUGAGCUCCUCGUCCCAGCAUAAGAGGAGCGUUCUCACCCUCCUCAUUUCCACUUUCUCUUCCCAUCAAACCGCAAUCCUUGGCUCUCUGAGAAUCAUGCGUCUCGCAAAGCCAUCCAUGAUCACGGCGGUACUUCUGCUCCUCUUCCUGGCCGGGCUGAGUGAUGCCAUUGCUCUGCCCAACGCGGCCAUACUUCACAACACUACUUCAUGUGCUUCUCCGAAUCGAACCCACAUUCAACGCUCUCCAAUCUCCAAACGCGUCAAUCCCGCCCUGGUCGCCGCCUGGGAAGCCGCGGAGAUUGCUGACAAUGCAAAACUCGAUCGUCUCGCUGUCUAUGGCGGAGGCUUCUUCAAUGCGAUCAUCAUGGGCAACGUGGAACAGGCGGCUGCGCUGUUCCAACAUAAAAAUCGCGGUACGCCAGAUCCACGCAACCAGAAUUUUCAAGUUUUUGCCAGAAAUUUUGCACCAGCGAUUCGGAAUGAAUGGACCAUAGAAAUGGUCAGCGACGACUUGUCCGAAACUCUGAAGCCAUUGCAGCCUUUAAUCGAAGGUCAAACUGUUGGAUACCCGCAGGGCAGUGAACCACCGGGUCUUCAGUGGCAGACUCAACGGAGUGCGAACGGCGAGGCAUACCCUGAUGGUCAAAAUGUAUGCAUGAAAUUUGUGCAGAACCAACCUUUCAACGACAAGGAUGAAGCAGAGAGACCACCAACUCUCGGACAGUUCAGGACCUGGUUCAAUGUCGUGGAUGGCAUAAUCGUGGUCAAUUCGGCUCAUGGACCGUUGUACAUGGCAAAAAACCACCCUGGUAGAGACCCAAGUUGGGAUGAAAGCGAAGAACCCCCUACUCACAAACAAAUGCCAUGGUCUGAACACUGGUCCGAUCUCACCUUUCACGCCUGGAUGACUCUCGUGCGUCGUCCAGCGAGCACGGGUUGGAACGUGAAUACACCCGGCGUUCGCAUGAACGGGCGGAUGAGGACGUCAACAGAAUUGAGGCAAGUCUUGAACUACAUCAUCGUCCAAGGCAUAAUACUUCCGAUAGACGCCAUAUCCGUCAUGAAGAGAUGCUUGCAAAGCCGGAGAGGCAACACAGACAUCCCGAUCUGGCCCGACCGGGAACGCUUUGACGUCGGUCAUUGGUGCUUCUACGCUCUACUUGCCGCCCAAGACGGUAUUGGCAGUGGAAUUACGUACUUUCUCGCUCAGCACAAAUCGGACGUCAAUAUCCCACUCAGUUUCGGCAUGGGCCACAAGAUACUGUCAUAUGUGGAGAUAACUUCUGCCAAGGAACCCGAUCGCGAAUGGGUCAAACUUGCCACGCAGAGCAACAUAGCGUAUUACUACAACAUUCGCACCAGGCAAACUGUCUGGCAAAAGCCAGACGAGUAUGUCGAGCCCAACCCUGCCAACGACCAUUUCUUCUGGGCUCCUACACAGAUCUGGAAGGUCAUCGACUUUGACAGGAAUGUUGUCACUGCUGCACGAGCCAGAGAGGCUUCGUGGACGGGAGGAAGGAAGCUGCCCCCGUAUCAGUACUGCAACAUACCGGCGGCGAUCGCAUGA